AUGGUGGUAUGCAAGUUUUUUGUGCAAGGGAACUGCAGGUUUGGAGAUCAAUGCAAGUUUGAGCAUCCAGGAAGGAGCACGAAUGCAACUUCACGGAAUCCGUUCGCGCCUCUGCAAAACAAUCCGGGCGCGCAAGGAGGCCCGAAUCCUCUUCGAGGAAGUUCAACGACACGAGAUCCACCUUACAAGCUUGACAAAGCUACGAUAGCCAAUGAUCUGUCGAAAGAGAGGCCUCAAUGGAUUCUAUCGGCUUACGGUCCAGGCAGAGAUGCACCUCUGCAAUUGUUCGGCGGCCACCCACGAGAACAGAGCUUCGAGGAGCUACGACUUCGUCAUUACGAACUGGCUGCUCAAGGCAACCAACAACAAGCUGUCCAAGAGGCUCAUGCGCUAGUAAACAACGCAGAGCAGCAGAUUCAGACUGCUCUCAACGACGUUGACGGAGCAGUCAAGUACAUGAUCAAUGGAGAAAAUGAGCACCCUAAUCGACUGGACGUCUGUAAAGCGAAGGGUGCUACGCCGACCCAACCACAAAUAUCAGCCCCAAACCAGCAAACCACGUCAACCUUCGGCCAGCCUUCCAGCUCAGCAUCGGCUCUUGGUCAACCUGCUGCACCGUCAGCAUUCGGAAGACCUUCAGUGACUCCAUUUGGCCAACCUCCUGCACCUGCUUCGACCUUUGGCCAGCCCUCUGCACCUACCUCGACCUUCGGUCACCCAUCAGCACCAACGUUCGGUCAGCCGAGCCAACCUUCGGGUUUUAGCCAAGCUUCAAAACUCGGCCGUCCAACGACAAGCUUUGGGCAGCCGUCCUCGACUUUCGGCAGUCCCUCAGUCCCCGCCACUACAUUUGGCCAGCCUUCCGCUCCGGGCCCUUUCGGAGCCCCACAACUACAACCGAACACCUUCGUAAAUCCAUCGGGACCAGAUUUCCCCCCGCAGCCAUCAGCAGCUGCCAAAAAUCCCUUUGGUCAGCCAUUGGCCCCCACACAGCCCUCCACAUUCGGACAGCCAUCAGCUCCGUCACAACCGAGCGCAUUUGGGAGACCGUCGAUACGGAAUCCCUCCCCUGCCUUUAGUCAGCCGGCGACAUCUGGAGCUAAUAAUGGGUUCUCACAAAGUUCAACAGCACCUCCCAAUCCGUUAGGUCAGCCUACUGCCCCUUCGACAACAGGCAUCUUCAAGCAGCCAUCAAUUGCGGCACCGAACCCUUUUGGCCAGAGGAGGAGCUCGACUGCUAAUCAACCUGUUCCCUCGUCUAGCCAACCUUUUGGCCCUUCUAAUACAGUACAACCAUAUACUGGUCCAGCAGCAAACCCCGCAAAUGUCAGAUCCACAAGCGGACAAGGAACGAACGGUGUCCAAGUUCAAAAGGAUUCACAGGGCAAGAUAACGAGUUGGAAGGGCACGCCCGUAAGAUACUUCGAUGACGAGCCGUGCUACAAGGGCAAUGAUGGUAGUUGGCAGAGAAUAUGGUUUCCCGAUGGACCACCCGUCUUUACGAAGACUGUAGACCUGCCUGAGGAAGCAUACGAUGAGGCAACGAAAGCAAAUUACAGACAUCUGAAACAGACUGGGACUUUCAAGGAUGGAAUCAUGCCAACUCUCCCACCAAAGAGGGAGUGGUGCAGUUGGAAUUUUUAA